GCGAAUUCUGAUUAUAAACGACAGACUGAGCGGGUUUGAACACUUGAAGAAACGGAAAUAUUCAGUAUUUAUAUACAUUUCGAAUUUAAUUCAAAUUCGGUUGCAGUCUGCCGCCGACAAGAGAGAAAGACGCCUGACAAAACUAAUUAUUAAAGAUACAGAGGCGAAAGAAGCGCUUGUCUUUUGUUUAUCGAGACUCGCCGGUAUUGGGAACGCGGACGUGCGGAGGGGAAAGGACCCUCUCCCGCGAGCUAGCUGAGUUAGCCAGCCGAGUUAACCGAUCAUCUUUACCUGGUGACGGCGCUCACAAACUGACGAAAAAAGACACUUGAUUGAAUGUGGACUGGUCUCCUCUUGCAGGGAAACCAUGGGAUUGACUGGGAGGAAAUCAGAGAAGGGUCCGGUUUGCUGGAGGAGGCGAGUGAAGUCUGAGUACAUGCGACUGCGGCAGCUCAAACGUUUUAGGAGGGCAGAUGAGGUCAAGAGUAUGUUCAGCUCCAACAGAGAGAAAAUCUUAGAACGCACUGAUAUAUUGAACCAAGAAUGGAAACUAAGACGGAUACAACCUGUUCACAUUAUGACACCUGUAAGCUCCCUGCGAGGUACCAGAGAGUGCACCGUUGACAGUGGCUUCUCUGAGUUCUCCAGACAAGUCAUUCCUCUCAAAACACUGAAUGCUGUGGCCUCUGUGCCUGUCAUGUAUUCAUGGUCUCCACUCCAGCAAAACUUUAUGGUUGAAGAUGAGACGGUAUUGCACAACAUCCCUUACAUGGGUGAUGAAAUCCUUGAUCAAGACGGCACCUUCAUUGAAGAGCUUAUCAAAAACUAUGAUGGAAAAGUCCAUGGAGAUAGAGAGUGUGGCUUUAUAAAUGAUGAGAUCUUUGUGGAGCUUGUGAGUGCGCUCGAUCAGUACAGUGACAACGAGGAAGAUGACGAAGAGGUUGAUCAGUACGAUUGCAAAUUGGAGAAGAUGGAACUCAGUGAUGGAAAAGAUGACACUAAAGAUGCUCACAAGGACCAGCUUAAUUCUGAGAGUCAUAACAGUGACGGAUCUAAAAAAUUCCCCUCUGAAAAAAUCUUUGAAGCCAUUUCUUCCAUGUUUCCUGAUAAAGGUUCACCUGAAGAACUCAAAGAAAAGUACAAAGAGCUCACUGAGCAGCAGCUUCCAGGUGCUCUUCCACCUGAAUGCACCCCCAACAUCGAUGGACCAAAUGCUAAAUCAGUGCAGAGAGAGCAGAGUCUGCACUCCUUCCACACACUCUUCUGCAGGCGUUGCUUCAAAUAUGACUGUUUCCUCCACCCUUUCCAUGCAACUCCAAACACAUACAAGCGUAAGAACAUGGAGAAUUUGGUGGACAGCAAACCAUGUGGCAUUUAUUGCUACAUGUAUAUGAUUCAGGAUGGCAUGGUUAGGGAGUACCCAGCAGGUGUGGUUGCAGAGCGUGUCAAGACCCCGUCUAAGCGCACAGUGGGCAGACGCAGAGGGAGACUCCCGAACAGCAAUAGCAGACCCAGCACCCCAACAGUCAACAAUGAGACUAAAGACACAGACAGUGACCGAGAAGGAGGGGCAGAUGGGAAUGACUGUAAUGAUAAAGACGAUGAUGACAAAAAGGAUGAGACCACCAGCUCCUCGGAGGCAAACUCUCGGUGUCAGACUCCAGUGAAGUUGAAGUUGAGCUCAGAGCCUCCUGAGAACGUGGACUGGAGUGGAGCUGAGGCAUCUCUAUUCCGAGUGCUCAUUGGCACUUACUAUGACAACUUUUGUGCAAUCGCCAGACUAAUCGGCACAAAGACCUGCAGACAGGUUUAUGAAUUCAGGGUAAAAGAAUCCAGCAUCAUUGCACGUGCACCUGCAGUGGAUGAAAACACUCCUCAAAGGAAGAAGAAGAGGAAACACAGGUUGUGGGCCACUCAUUGUCGAAAAAUUCAACUAAAGAAAGAUGGCUCCUCCAAUCAUGUGUACAACUAUCAACCAUGUGACCACCCACGCCAGCCAUGUGACAGUUCUUGCCCCUGUGUGACUGCCCAAAACUUCUGUGAGAAAUUCUGCCAGUGCAGUUCGGAAUGUCAGAACCGGUUUCCAGGUUGCCGCUGUAAGGCUCAGUGUAACACCAAGCAGUGCCCCUGUUACCUGGCCGUACGGGAAUGUGAUCCUGACCUGUGCCUCACCUGUGGGGCGGCUGAGCACUGGGACAGUAAAAAUGUCUCCUGCAAGAACUGCAGCAUCCAGAGAGGAGCGAAGAAGCACUUGCUACUGGCUCCAUCUGAUGUGGCUGGGUGGGGCAUCUUCAUCAAAGAGCCUGUUCAGAAAAAUGAGUUUAUCUCCGAGUACUGUGGGGAGAUCAUCUCCCAGGAUGAGGCAGAUCGCAGAGGCAAGGUCUAUGACAAAUACAUGUGCAGCUUCCUGUUCAACCUAAAUAAUGACUUUGUUGUUGAUGCAACUAGGAAAGGAAACAAGAUCAGGUUUGCCAACCACUCUGUGAACCCCAACUGCUAUGCAAAAGUCAUGAUGGUUAAUGGGGAUCACAGAAUUGGCAUAUUUGCCAAAAGAGCCAUACAGACGGGAGAGGAACUCUUCUUUGACUACAGAUACAGUCAAGCCGAUGCUCUAAAAUAUGUGGGCAUUGAACGUGAAAUGGAAAUUCCAUAAAGCCAUCUACCUCCUUGAACAAUUGCCUUACACACUUCAGGAAUUCUCUUUCCUCAUGCAUCUCCAAAACAGUUUAGAUACCAGGUUUUAUAGGACAAGGGAAUCUAUUUGAAAACUUUUUUUUUUUUUUUUUACAGUGAUAUUUUGAAUUUCUUUUUCUGUUUUUUUUUUUUUUACUCGACCAACAGGCUUACUCUGGGAUUCACUUUUUGAUAGUAACUUGAACAUUCUGUCAUGUUUACAGCUGAAGCAAUCCAUUUAAAAAUGGCCCAUUGUUUUGACAAUUUAAUCUUUACACCUAUGGACCAAAUUUUUACUGGCUGUAUGUUUAACGCAUGUUAUCACACACAACCCCAGUUUCUUUUCAAAAUUUUGUUCUUUGUGUAAACCAAAGCCACUUUCACUGCUUUGCAUGUAAUCUCUCAAGAAACUUGGUGCAGAGGUAUUUAAUGCAUUUUCUUGAGUGCCAAUGCACAGUUGCUGUAAACACACAAUGGUGAAUUAUGAGAGGGUGUGGACUCAGUAUCAUACUAUUGUGGUGCCUUGAAAUGUUAAAAGAACACUGAAUAGUUUCUUGAAAUAGAUUUCCUAUAAUGUUGUUGAUCAGUGUACUCAAAUUGUAUGCAUGAACAAAGGAUUUAAAUGGAAUUGGAAUCAGGUCCAAUGUUCAUUCCUCAACAUUAUUCUGUAUUGUUUCAAAGUCUAUAGAGACAGUUGCAGCUGUGAGCUAAACAUCACUAAAUGUAGGGAGAUUGGAUUAAGGUGCUCCUGUUCCAUGUCAAGUGAAAAAAAAAAGUCAUUCUUUUU